CAGUCUUCGCGCAAACCACGAUCGGAGUGGAUCAGUCACAGUCGGCGUGAUUCUAUUCCCGCAGGCUUAGGCCUAUCCUCCUUUUUUAUUGAUUUUGCUGCACCUCCAAUUCCGUUGCGGUCUCUGCUGAGGUGAACGUUCGCUGAUACAGUGUUUGUGUUUUCGGUCACAGUUUCCGUCUGUCGCAAAACGUGAUCGCGCGAUGAGUCACAACCAUUACUAUAGGAUCAUCGUUGUCGGCGCGCUGCUGCAGCUGAUCGCGCUCGUCUCCCCGUCCGGUGCCGUCCGUUACGUGCCAAAGUGGAAGAAGCAGGCCUGCGAGCUGCCAACGCCCCAGAACGAGUACUCCCACUACGUGUGCGAUGACAACGGGGACGUAAAGUGUUUGCCGGGCUGGACGGGCGACCUGUGCGAUGUGCCGAUCUGCAAGAAGGGUUGCGAUCCGCUCCAGGGCUACUGCAAACGCCCCGGCGAGUGUCGCUGCAAGCUUGGCUUUUACGGGGAAAACUGUAACCGAUGUAUCCCGCUGCCCGGGUGCCAGCACGGCGGCUGCCAGGUGUCGUUCGAGUGCGUCUGCCACAAGGGCUGGGAUGGAAUCUUCUGCUCGGAACCAAUUUGCCGUUCCGACUGCCAUCCGUCCCGUGGGUACUGUGAAGCGCCCGGCGAGUGCCGUUGUCGGUUGGGCUGGGCCGGGCCGACCUGUCGCGACUGCCAGGUGCUGCCCGGGUGCAUGCACGGUACCUGCUCCAAGCCGCUGGAAUGCAAAUGUCUUCCGGGAUGGACGGGCAUCCUGUGCCAGACGCCGAUUUGUGCCGCCAACUGUAGCCGCGAGCAUGGAUACUGCCGCCGACCGGGAGAGUGCCGCUGUAAGGUGGGCUGGAUGGGCCAGGAGUGCAACAAGUGUCACCCGUACCCGGGCUGCGUCAACGGUGACUGUCGCCGACCGUGGGAAUGUAACUGCAAACCGGGCUGGGGUGGAAUGCUCUGUGAUGAGGAGCUUAAUUAUUGUGAGCAAAAUCCCGACACCUGCCAGAACGGAGGCAAGUGUAAAUCGGUCAUCAAGGACGAUGGCCACUAUCGGUGUGAGUGUCCGUCCGGGUACAAGGGACGCAACUGCGAGAUUCUUCCACCCUCCAUGAUGACGUCAACGACGAGCAGUAGCACCACGGAGCAACCGUCCACUACGAUGAUGGCCGACGUAUCCUCCGAGCUGUCCACGAUCGGUCUCGAGAAUUUAGAAACGUACCGGAACAGUUCGUCCACGGGGGAGGACUACCUAGCCGAUGAGUACAGCUCGGAGGAUCUGGACAACGAAGCCUAA